GCAAUUCUGCACAAGUGAUGAACUCCCGGAAUAGCCAACAAACGUCUCGUCCCAUUACUACACAAAAUAAUGGUUUGACUGUAAGACUGACCCCAAACUCGUCGAGUUCUCCCAAACUGAACAACACGAACAGUAAUUCCGAGCCGUUGAAUGCAAUCGGAAAUGAGUGCAAUGUUUGCUACGAACAGCCCAUUAAUAGCGUACUAUACAUGUGCGGACACGUGUGUAUGUGUUACGAGUGUGCGGUCAAGCAAUGGCGAGGACCGGGACAGUGCCCUAUAUGUCGAGCCGUCAUUCGAGAUGUGAUUCGCACGUAUUGGUCAUGAUUUGCCAUUCAUUAGACAUUGAAAUCAAACUAAAAGUACUGAAAGUAUUAUGACUUCAAUUGUAACAAUUCAUCAACACUUGAUUUUUAUCAAAACCUAUUUUACUCUUGUAUUUAAUUACCCGAACGUAUGUCCCAAUUAUGUGGACAUUUAAAGUCAUUUAUAGCACACAUUAAAUUUGAUUUUUUUUAUUACUAGUCAUUCAUCAC